CGCCGUCAGCACGACUUGUCGCCUGGGAUCACACCUCUCUCCCUCCUCAUUCCUCCCCUCUUCUAUCCAACAACACCCCGCCCGACCCGACCCCACUCCCCACCAUGUCCGGCUGGAUGUCCUACUUUACCGGGCGCAAGGACACGCGCGAGCAGGCGCGCGACUCGAUCGUGACGCUGCGCCAGCAGCUGCUCAUGAUUGAGAAGAAGGAGGAGCACCUGCAGAAGAAGAUUGAGGAGGAGCUCAAGAAGGCCAAGGCGAACGCCGCGACCAACAAGCGGGUCGCAACCGCCGCCCUGCGACAGAAGAAGGCGUUCGAGAACGAGCUCGACAAGCUCGCGGGUACACGGCUCACGCUCGAGACGCAGGUCAAUGCCAUCGAGUCGGCCAACCUGAAUGCCGAGACGAUGCUCGCGAUGAAGAAGGGUGCCGACGCAUUGAAGUCGAUACACUCGACGCUCAAGGUCGAAAAGGUCGACCAGACAAUGGACGCGAUCCGGGAACAGAUGGACCUCACAAACGAGAUUUCCGACGCCAUCUCCAACCCCGUCGGCAUUGUCAACAAUAUCGACGAGGACGAGCUCGAGGCCGAGCUCGAGGCGCUCGAGCAGGAGGAGCUCGACGACCGCCUCAAGGGCGCCGACCACGUCCCGCUCCACACGCCCGCUUCGCCCGUCGGCGCGUCGCGCGAGCGCACGCACGCAGUCGAGGAGGACGACGAGGAGGAGCAGCUCCGCCAGCUGCAGGCAGAGCUGGCCAUGUAGUAGUAGUAGUCGGGCCCAACCAACACUACCGGCAUCGCCCGCCCGCCCCCCAUACAACAAGCACCUAUACCGCAGACCCAUUUCAUACUACUCGGCCUGCACCAUACACCCCACCCCAGGACAUUCUGGGUACUUAGGAUCCCCCCCGCCGGGGUCAUGUACAACCAUCUGUGAUGCGACGUCUGGUUUUAA